AAAUCGCUAAUUUUUAAUUUUCGAUAAUGGCUGCGUUUGGCGCCAUAACCUUAAAAUAACAGGAUUAAUCGCAUUACCGAGAAUACAAAUAAUUACAAAUCAAAGCAUAUUAUUUAUUAUUUUGAUUUUUGUUUAAAGUGCGGCGUGCGCCAAAUAAAAGCGAAAACGAAAUAAUUGAAAAAUAUAUGUUCUAUGCAAAUGUCAAAUAAUAAGCCAACUAUAUAGUUAACUCCGCUGCAUUCAUAACAACAAUAAAAGUACAUAAACGCAUUACGCAUAUAAUAUUGCUAAUCACUGUCGUUUGACGUCAACAAGAAGAAUACUUCAGUAAUAAGCAUAUAUAAUACAAAAAGGAAAAUGUUUAAAUCAAAGUUAAGAACAAAGUUUUUCUUCAGUAUUGUAAGGAGUAAAAUUAGACAUCAAUUUUUUCGCUACAAUUAUACACAACAAGCACCACAACCUAUCAAAAUUGAAAAGACGAUAAAUAAAGUCACACUUUUGGGUCGAGUUGGUGCAGAUCCACAAAAACGUGGCACAGAAGAACAUCCAGUUGUUGUAUUUUCAUUGGCUACACAUCAAAACUAUAUCAACAAUAAUGAAGAAAGCACUCAAAAAACUGACUGGCAUCGUAUUGUUGUAUUCAGACCUGGAUUACGUGACACUGUAUAUAAUUACUUACAAAAAGGUCAACGUGUGCACAUUAGUGGGCGAUUAAUCUAUGGUGAAUUGAAAGACGAAUCUGGUACUCCUCGAACAACUACAUCAAUUGCUGCUGAUGAUAUUAUAUUUUUUAAUUCCAAAAAUUAAAUUAAUCAAUUUACCUAAAUUUAAUUUAAGUUAUACAUGUUUAUUCUAUAGAAAACAUGCUCAUUGUGUUGCCUAUAAUUAAAAUUCCUAUAAGAAUAUAAUUUUUUUUUUAUAUAUAUAUAAAUGUACAUUUUUUUUACACAUAAAACUAAUCACUAAUGAAAAUAUUUGAAAUAUUAGUUUUUUUUUUGUGAUAUUUUUUCUAUAACAAACAUAAUUAAAAAUGGUACAUUUGUUGCACUAAACAAUUCCAUACAAUAUUUCUACUAUUCAUAGUAUGUUAUACUAUACUCUGUCUAGACUAAGAACACACCACCUUGGCGGCAACACUGCCUGUGGUGGGAAUCCAUGCAUGAAUUUCGACCGGUUUUCUUCUGCUGCCCGGUGUGCUCUUAGUCUGGACAGAGUAUACAGUGCUUAUUAUUAUCAUAACAUAAUAAUAUAAGAAUAUUAAUUAUUAGUACAUGAGACAUUUUGUUAAAAAUAUUAUGAUACUUAGAAAUGUAUGUAAUAUAUUAUAUUGAUUUUUAGUA